AAUGCAAUAACCAGAUUUUUCUGAUUGUAAGGAAUACUCCCUAGAUGAAAUGAAAAAUUUCUAGAAUGAGGAAGAUAUAAAGAGACUUACACAAAUUCAAUAAGAAAUGCAUUAAUUGAAAAAUUUUCAAGAUGAAAUUGAUGUCCUGAUUGCAAAAAAUGAAGACCCACUAGACAUAAUCUCGGAUUAAACUCAAAAGUCAUGCAUAAACGUCAAUAACAUUAAACAAUAAACUGAAGGUGCUUUAGAUGACACUUUAAAUUUGUAUUUAUUUAUUUUAAAUUCCUUUUAGAAGAAGCACAAAAAUCACUCUUGCUUUCUCUGGAGUUAUUGGAGCAUUAUCAAUGAUUAAAGGAUUUGGACUUACUAUUGGAGCUGUAGUUGGGGGUUAUAUAGGUCGAAAAGCAGGCUAGCUGUCAUAAGGAAAUAUAAAAGAAAAAGCUAGUGAUUGACGCCUAUUACUUUUGAUAAAUAUUGAUAUUUCCACUAUAG